GCUGCAUAUGCGGGCUGAGCGGUUACAAUUCGUUACAUCUGGGUUGCGAACCCUGGGCAAAACAAGACUUGCAGUAUCUACGCCAGCAAACUGAGUAGGUACCGAAAAGGGAGCACAUUGGAUCUCGGCGCGCCUUUGGCUCGAUUACACAUGGAUCCUGACUGCAGGAACUGGCUUCGGCCACUACGGGGCUAGUCAGUUUGACUGCCUGACGGUUGCAUUUAGGUUUCACGUACACGUUAGGCUUUUGAUCUUCUGGAUUCGAUGAUGACUAUGAGCUCGAUGGCUGAAGGUCUAGUGUCACCAGAUGCAUCCAAGUCAGCCUUCAUGGAGUUUGCCCAUGGUCACCCGUCCCUUCAGCAGCAACAACAGCUAUCGCACCAGGGUCACUCCUAUUCUACCAUGCACAGCUUGCACUCGGGUGGUCACCCUCAACACCAAGAAGGAACCUUCCCAUCAGGGGGCUCCUGCUCUUACGGCCGAACUCUGGGAUACCCUUAUUCGGCCGCUGCUGGCAGCGGCGCCCCACAAACGGGACACCCAUUUUUGCCCUAUCAGCACGGUGCCCAUCAUGGUCACAGUGGCCUGGGAUCUCACAGCAGGCUGGAGGAACUUGGUGAGUCAAAUCAAACUAAAAGCACAAUAAUAGAAAAUGGUGAGAUUCGGAUAAACGGUAAAGGAAAGAAAAUCCGGAAACCACGGACCAUCUACUCCAGUGUUCAGCUACAAGCCUUGAACCAGAGGUUCCAGCAGACCCAGUACUUGGCCCUGCCAGAGAGAGCAGAGCUGGCAGCUCACCUGGGGCUCACACAGACACAGGUGAAGAUCUGGUUUCAGAACAAAAGAUCCAAGUACAAGAAGAUCAUGAAACAAGGACCUAGUUCGCGUGAUGGGGACCACCUGCAUGGCUCUUCUUCCCCUCUAUCUCCUAGCAUUUCUGGGAAUAUUUCCCAACUUUGGGAUGUGACUUUAGCUAGCAAAGCCUCUCACAUGGCACAGAAUAACUACCUAAACAGUUUUGGACACUGGUAUUCACCACAUCAUCAAGAUUCCAUGCCAAGGUCUCAGAUGCUGUGAUAAUGAUGCCCACACUUUGUAAGUCAUCAGUAGCAUCCCGAAUUUUGAAGAGAUUCUGUACAACUGGGAGGCCUUACAAACAAAUUUUCCUGCCUGGUAGUGUGCCUUUUUCCAAACCAGUGUCUUACCUUGGAUUUUUCUCUCCAUCUGCCAUCAUGCCCACCAGCAUAAACUUCACAUCAGCACAUGUACUAUAAAGCUCUGGGAUUUUUGGCAAAAUGAGGACAACUUGGUAUUAGGCCCAGGCAUGCAGACAUUAUGCAGAAACUAAUUGCCCCACCUGUUUAUCAUUUUGCUGAAGUAAGGGAGAAGAAGCAUACAGUUAUUCCCUUUAUACUGGAACUAAAUAGCUUGUGCUAGAAAGUCCUUCACUGUGAACAUUCUGUUGGAAUUCCUUCACCAGAAAUGUUCAUUCCAUUCUGACUUGAUGGUAGUAAUUGUUCAGAUUCGUAGCAAUUCCAUACAUCAGAACACACAACAUUUACUAGAUCUGAUCGUCAGCUAAAGCUCAAUUUCUGACAAUAAAAAGUUUUGAAACCACUUUUCUCUAAAAGUCCAGUGGGUCCAAAGGGAUGUACACUACAUUGUUUACAAAAAUGUUGAGAGAUACAUUUAUAGAAAAAAAAUUCAACUAAAUUUUGGAAGCCUAGUCAAUAAGAUGUCUGGAAAUGUUUUGUAUAUUGGAUCACUGUAUCCUGUCUUUAUUUAACCUAAUCAAUUUUCAGUUAUGUUUUCUUAAUAAGAAAUAUUUAUAAAAAGAAAUGUUACUAUUGUAUUGAUAAACUUUAUAAAGAAGAACAGAUUGGAAAUAAAACUGUACAGACCUAUUUUUUUCCCAUGGCUGUAAUUAUUUUAGCAAUUUUUACAAGUUUAGUGGUUGCUCAAUUAUGGUAUGGAUGGGUCUGGUAAAGCUAGUGCUAUUCUCUGUAUGAAACAGUAAGACAGAAUCAACCCCAACACAACAUCUAGAACUCAGCAGAACAAGACAAGUCACCUGACUACUGGUGAACUCCUUAGAAAGAUAAUUAUUGCAGGGAGAAACCCCUGCACACUCCAUGUAAGGGACAUUCCCCACUUGCUCUUUACUUGUAUAUUGUAACCCCAUAGUUACAUUUUAGUUGAUAAAGGAAAAACUCCCAAAACAGAGUUCACAGCAGCC